AUGAGAGAAUUAACAGAGAGUUAUCCAAUUGGUACUGACAGACCAAAUAUUAUUUAUUCUGAUGAAAUAGCUUUAAGUGGACAAGAUUUUCCCAAAAGAUCUUUAGACGAAGAUAGCAAACUCAGAAAACUUGACUCCAUCAAAAAGCCAGUUGCUAGAGGUGAUUCGGUCAAGAAUUUGAAAAGACUUAAUUCUAAUAACAAUUCUGUAACUGUUAAAAAACCUUUAACAAGAUAUGAAAAAUUUCAAGCUUGGAUGGUUAAUGAAGGAAAUCGAAAAAUAUUUUUUACAUUUUGGAUUUUACUUCAUGGAUUAGUUUUUUCAAUGGCGUUUUUGAAUUUCUUAUUUAGUGAUAAUUUGUCAACAGCUCGUUCUAUUUUUGGUAUAACAUAUCCAAUUGCUCGUUCCUCGGCCUUGGUUUUACAUGUAGAUGCAGGCCUUAUACUAUUUCCAGUUUGUAGAAAUUUGAUUUCUUUAUUUCGUACAACUCCAUUAAAUGCCAUCAUACCAUUCGAUGAAAAUAUUGAGUUUCAUAAGGCCAUCGGCUGGUCAAUAUUAUUUUUCUCUUUGUUGCACACAUUUUCUCACUGGGCAAAUUUUGCUAGAUUGACUAUUGCUUUGAAUGAAGAUUUCCUCUAUUUUUUGAAAUUAAAUUUUUUAAGUGGUCCUGGCGCAACUGGUUAUGUUAUGUUGGUAUCUUUGCUUAUAAUGGUCAUUACAGCUACAGAUAAUCAGAGACAUAGAAAUUUUAAUAGAUUUUGGUAUUCGCAUCAUCUAUUUGUAGCUUUUUUUGGUGCAUGGGCAUUCCAUGGAGCAUUUUGUAUGAUAAAACCUGAUAGACCACCAUUUUGUAGUGAUAUUGCUGUAUUUUGGAAAUAUUGGAUAGCAUCUGGUACAAUUUAUAUUGGUGAACGUAUUUUACGUGAGAUACGUGCACGUCAAAACACAUAUAUAUCAAAAGUUGUUAUGCAUCCAUCAAGAGUAGUUGAAAUACAAAUCAAAAAAAAAAAUAUUGUGACCAAAGCAGGUCAAUACAUCUUUUUAUGCUGCCCUGCAAUAUCUAUACUUGAAUGGCAUCCAUUUACUUUAACCUCUGCACCAGAAGAAGAUUAUAUAUCUGUACAUAUUAGAACUGUGGGUGAUUUUACUAAAGCAUUGGCAAAGAAAUUAGGUUGUGACUUUGAGGAAGAAGAAAGGUUACGUAAAAAAGCAGGGAGCGAAAAUCGUGCUAAAAGUACUUAUGAUGGAAUUGAUAUUUCAAUAAAUAGUCCAGAGUUGAAGAAAGUUUUACCUAGAGUGAUGAUUGAUGGUCCUUUUGGUAGUGCUUCAGAAGAUGUAUUUAAAUUUGAAGUUUCUAUAUUGAUUGGUGCUGGUAUUGGUGUAACACCUUUUGCAAGUAUUCUAAAAAGCAUUUGGUAA